CGGAAACUUGAUUUCGUGGACGACGGUGCAAAAAGAAAAAGGGAAACAAGAAAAAUCACAGUGAUUUUCUGUAUGAUUUUCUAAAGUUGCAAUAUGUUGCGGUAGUUGUUGAGCUGUUUGUAGUUCCGUGAUUAUGUCCCGCCUUGAGUCUGUACUGCUUUGACUAGUUGCUGUGAUAAUAUAUCCGCGGAGUUUUUAGAUAGUUUUAGUUAGCAGUCUGUCCACUCACCAUGCCCUCCUCUCGGAGCCGCGGACGGCGGGACAAAAAGCAAAACCGCAAGCGCAGUUCCUCCGGCCGGCGCGAUCGGGAUCGGGAUCGGAAACGCAGCACGCGAAACCGCAGCGGUAGCAGGAGCCGGAGCCCCGCGGCUAGUAAGAAAAGGGAACAAAGCAGAAGUCGGGGGCGCAGAACAGGGGACCACGAGAGGGAGAAGAGAAAUGAAAGGCGGCGCGAUGAUGUUGAUUCCCGGGACCGCGGUAGUGGUAAAUCAAGUGCACGACCAGCAACAGGCGCGGCCAAGGACCGCGACUACAGGGAAGAGAAGCCGCGGGGUAGAAGAAACCAUGGCAGUAGGGGGCGCAGCAAGGACAGCCGGGGAAGGCGAGACGACAGCAGAGGACAAAAGAACUCGUCCCCCGCGCCGGCUAUCGCGCAGAACCCGCUGGUGUGGCUCGAUUUCGAAAUUGAGCAGUACAACGGUAGUAAAUCCACCCACCGGGUGGAAAUCGAGUUGUUCGAGCACAUCGUCCCGGAGACUGCCGACCGGUUCCAGCGAUUUUGCCGGAUCGGAAGCUAUGAAAACGUGCCGAUGCACCGGAUCAUCCCCGGCUUCAUGGCGCAGGGCGGCGACAUUUCCCACUUUGACGGAACAGGGGGCUUGUAUGGAUCUCUCAAACGUUUUUGUACGGAUCGCCCCUGUUACAUGAUUUUUUGUCAUGUAAAAUCACUAUUGGCCGCCAGCCCCACCCGAUCUUCCAGCUACUCACUUAGCGUGGCAAUGUCUCGACGCCCUUCAUAGGAGCAUGGUAAUCCACCGUAGUUGUGGAUUUGUAUGUGUAAGACGCGCAAACUUCCCAAUUCAUGCUUCCGGGUCUCCUUGCGUCACAGGUUCCUGUAACAGGGAGCAAUGUACUAGCGUUUGAGAAUCCCAUAGGCUGCCGAAGGGGGAGACGCGGUGGUACCCGGACGAGAACUUUGUGUUGAAACAUCUGGGCGGAAAGUACCUCCUGUCCUGCGCCAAUGCGGGGAAGAACACGAACUCUGCCCAGUUCUUCAUCACGUUUGGCCGAGCGCUGCCGCAUUUGGACGGCAAGCACGUGGUAUUCGGGCAGGUGGUGGACCGGUUGAAAACGGCGAAAAGAGUGAUGCAAAUGAUCGAAAACUGUGGGGACCGCAGUGGCGUGCCGCGCCGCAAGGUGACCAUCGUGGAUUGUGGCGAGAUCUUGGACGAGGAGGGAAAUUGAUACACUACAUAGAAGUGAAAAUUGUGAUCGCUUUUUUUCAUCAUCUUCUUCUGCAUGACGCGUAGGUAGUCCCACCAUGGCUGCUGCGCGACACCACGCACUUUUAUCACGCGCGGACUAGUGUUACGGAGGGGCAUGAUCAUGGUAGCUGCACACUGGCACAUCAUGAAGCGCGUUUUUGUCCGAAAUAUUCGAAAGAAUCAAAGCAAGUCCGACUAGGAAGUAC